UCCUAGUGAGUGACAAUCAUGGACACCACAACCUCAAUCAAGAUGACCACUCUGGCCAUCCAGAACCUCUUCAGCUACGUGGAAGAAGAGAAUCUGGCAGCUGUUAAAGCCCAUCUUGACAAGUUCAAAGAGGUGGAUGGUCGAAGCGAUAAUGGACAGACUCCUCUGAUGUUGGCCUCAGAGCAGGGCAGUCUUGAGAUUGUUCAAGAACUCAUCAGAAGGGGCGCAAAUGUCAAUUUGGAUGAUGUGGACUGCUGGUCCGCUCUGAUCUCUGCAGCUAAGGAGGGGCACGUGGAGGUGGUGAAAGAGCUGCUGGAAAACAGUGCUUAUAUUGAGCACAGAGAUAUGGGGGGUUGGACUGCCCUUACUUGGGCUUCAUAUAAAGGUAGAGUUGAGGUGGCCACGGUCCUGCUUGAGACUGGGGCAAACCCAAACACCACUGGACAGGUAAAACUUGCAUAUGGU